AUGGUUCUCUUUUCAACGAAUCACGUGUUUCAAAUGAGACGGUUGGCAUUUCAAGUUAUCAACAAAAAUUUGAAGGGAUGGACCCAACUUAGGGGUAUGGAAGUCGAAACCAGUUUGCAGGGUGGUUCAAGCUCACACGCCAAUCAGUGGAAAGUUCAAACUAGCAAUUACAGUUGGUUGGGUUUGAAUAGUGCGAGCGGACAAAUGGAACAAGAUACGGGGCGUUUUGGCGGAGUUGGGGGUCACGAUGCUAGUGCAGAUAGUCACAAGCUGAGAUACGAUACGAGACAGUCUUCCAUGCUGCCUCAGAGAUCUACCGUGUCGAAGGGUAAAUACACGUUCAGAGACUUUCAGAUUAUGCGGACCUUGGGUACUGGGUCUUUUGGACGUGUACAUCUGGUAAGAUCUGUGCACAAUGGGAGGUACUAUGCGAUUAAAGUGCUCAAAAAACACCAGGUGGUUCGCAUGAAACAGAUUGAGCACACCAACGACGAACGUCAGAUGUUGAAACUGGUGGAGCAUCCGUUUUUGAUUCGGAUGUGGGGCACAUUCCAGGACGCGCGAAAUUUAUUCAUGGUUAUGGACUACAUUGAGGGCGGAGAGUUAUUUUCCUUGCUUCGCAAAUCGCAACGUUUCCCCAAUCCUGUGGCCAAAUUUUAUGCCGCAGAAGUGGUGCUUGCUCUCGAAUAUCUGCAUGCCCAUAAUAUAAUAUAUCGGGACCUAAAGCCCGAAAACAUUUUACUAGACUCCAAUGGUCACAUCAAAAUUACUGAUUUUGGCUUUGCAAAGGAGGUUGACACUGUUACUUGGACCCUGUGUGGUACACCGGAUUAUAUCGCGCCGGAGGUGAUUGCAACAAAGCCCUACAACAAAUCUGUAGAUUGGUGGUCUUUGGGCAUUUUGAUCUUUGAAAUGCUUGCGGGUUAUACUCCAUUCUACGACACUACCCCUAUGAAAACUUACGAGAAGAUUCUGCAUGGGAAAGUCGUGUGUCCUCCUUUUUUCCACCCAGAUGUCGUUGAUUUGCUCAGCAAAUUGAUCACGGCAGAUUUGACUAGGAGACUCGGUAAUUUGCAGAGCGGGUCUCAUGACAUCAAAUGUCAUCCUUGGUUCGCAGAAGUGAUCUGGGAAAAAUUAUUGGCUAAGGACAUUGAAACACCUUAUGAACCUCCUAUAACCACGGGCAUAGGUGAUGCAUCUUUGUUUGAUCAGUAUCCGGAAGAACAAUUCGAUUACGGAUGCAUUGGUGAAGACCCCUAUAGGCAGUAUUUCGUUGACUUUUAG